GAGCUGAAGAGGGGGAGUGUACCUGUGCCUGUUAUUGAAACCAUGGACUCAGAGGUCAACAGGAAGUGGCAACAAUUUGAGACGAUGUCAUUCAGGGACAUGAGCGUGCAGUCUCUCAUUGGAGCCCAGGCUUAUCACUCAAGCACCCAACAGGCAUCACAGUCCCUCGUUAGCUUCCAGACGUAUCAGUCGAGCCCAGAGGAGGCCGAUCAGCCUGUAACCGGGUCACAAACUGAUAUAUCAAACCCAAAAGCGGCUCCUCCAUCAGUUAAUGGAGUCCAGACCAUUCAAACAAAUAAAGAAGCACUUCAAAAGGAGGCUCUCUCUCUUCGAAAGCAAGUGGAGAGCAUUAAGAGGGAGCGUGCAGCCAUGGGGAUAGAGGUGGACAGCCCAUGUGGCCCCGGGGCCCCCUGUAGGGCCAGACUAGAAGCCAUGGAAUUAGCCCAUCGGAAAGCACUGCAGGAGCUGCAGGAGAGACACGCGAGGGAGAUCAGGGAGCUGGAGAAGCAGAGAGUCAAGAUGCUGCAGGAGGAGAGCCAGACAGCUGCCAAAGCUAUGGAGGCACUGAGAGCAGCUCACAGAGAGGAGCUGCAGAGAGAGGUGGAGAAGGCCAGGAGGUCAGCUGGAGGCGCUGCACACGUGGAUUCAUCAUUCAGAGGCCACAUGCCGCAGGCAGACGUCUUGCACAGUGAGUUAGAUGUGCUGUCAGAGCGCUACUCUCAGAAGUGCCUGGAGCUGAGCCGCACUGAGCAGAGCAGCCUGGGCCGAGAGACUGAGCUCAGCCGCAAGGAAAGAGAGCUGGAGCAGCUCAGGAGAGAGAACCAGGAGCUUAAGGCCAAACUGGCGGAAGAGAUCAGCCGCAUGCGUUAUUUCAUCACCGGGCAGAGCUCGGACACGGUAUCUCUUGGCAACACAGAGCGCGCUGCAUCGGAAGUAGAGACAUUACUAAGGGCAAAAGACAAUGAGUUGCAAUAUCUUAAAAAAGAAAUCAGCUGCCUACAGAAUGAAGUACAGUCUCUUAAAAAGGAGAAAGAAGCAGCUUAUGAGCGUUACAAGGAGGCCUACGUAGAGCUGAGUGACACAAGGGGUCGGAGCCAGUUGGAGACGAGCUCCCUGAACGAACACUUGAGACUGGCCAACGCUGCACUUCAGGAGGGAGCGAGACAAACCUGACCAGUGAGAACGACUGCUAAAGACUUACCUUGGAGAACAAAGACAGGAAGCCAACACCAAACAUGACAAC